CGGAACGGAAAAUCAUCGUACUCCACAGACGCAAACGGAAUAUAGUUGAUAGUAAUCAGAAUAUAAUUAUUAUAUCAUCUCGCCCUAUAUUAUGUUAAAAUAAUCAUCUUAUAAUGAGUAUUAUUUAAUAACAGAUAAGUAAACAAUAAUAGUUAUUAGUUUCGUAGUAUCGACUGUAAAACAAUUCAAUAGCGCGAGACAAAUUUUAUUGUUAUUAUUACGAAUCGAUUUCCCGUGUAAACGUCGCGUAGGUGUUGCCGUCGUCGCGAAUACUCGUUGUCACCGAUGACGAGUUCGUUUGUCGUCGCUGCACAACCGUUGUCGCACGUCUUUAACGUUCAUCCUCGCGACAAUCAGUGACCGACGAACCACAUCGAUCAUUGCAGCUAUCUGCUAUUACCUUGUCAUCGUCGUCGUCUUCACUACAGCUUCAGCUCGCCAUCGCUCGUUGGCGCUAAUUAUACGCGAUAGACGGUCGUAUAAAGGCACUACUCUCUAAUUAGAAACCAGCUGCUGGUCUAGCAUGACACUAGACUACGAUAUAGCUAGCCGUGCAGCUCAACUUGUCGAACGUUUGACCAGUACUGGCGAAAACGACGUCGAUUGCAAGUUGUACGACGAAAUCGAAAAAAUCUGCAAAAAAUCCUCAAUCUACAUCGACAGAGUUCAUGCAUUACUAUUUCAUCAACUCAAAGAGAAACAUUCUCAGAUUCGUUUGAGUGCACUCCGAAUUUGUAAUCGUCUUUUUAAGAAAUUUGAACAUUUUAGAAGAUUAAUAAUCGUCGAUAUCUCAGUUCUUCUAAAACUCACAGUUAACACGGAUGCAGGUCGAACAUUGCCUCCGCCUAAGAAAUUCGCGACGGAUUUAGAAAUUUACUCUAUUAGAUGCAUUAAGGAAUGGAGCGAUGAGUUUGAGAAAGACUUUAAAGACGAAUUUAAUUUUGUGUUUAAGUAUUUGAACAAGUACAAAAAAAUUGAUUUUGAAUCAAUGACUGUACUAUCCGUUACCGAAGCGAGACUACAGGAAGACAGGGAACAGCGACAACGUCGUUUCAAUGAAGAGAAAUUGAAAAAAAUCGAGUCUGAAAUAAAUGAACUCGAACCGGAAAUAACUAUUGCGGCUAGAACCCUGGAGAGUUGUCUGGAAUUGCUAAUUCCCAUUCCGGAAGAGUUUUUUAUACCUGAAGCGGAGGAAGACAUUGUCCCUCCAUCGAACCUUUUGGAACUUUCGUCGUUAGAUACUGGGGGAAAAAUUGCUGCUGUGGUUAAGUCGAGUAACGAAAACGAAAGGUGCAGAGAAACUGGCAUAAUUGACCCUGCAGCACACAACGUGACAGUCACGUUGAGACCGGAUUUUCGAAAGAGAGUGAAGAAAUCCCAAGACAACUUGGCUAUAAUUGAAAGUGCAAAUGAACAAGUUAAACUCAUUUCCGACAAGUAUUUGCCAAGAAUCAAAAAAUGGUUGCAAGACAUAGCAAGAAUUUCGAAUGGAGAACUCCUAAAACGAGCAAUCGAACUCAAGCGUUAUUUGAUUGAUCUGACGAGCAGAGAAAACAAAAUCACGUAUUACGGAGACAGUGAUGAUUGUUCCAGCGAAUCCGACAUGGAAGAAGUCCCCCCUAAAUCUUACGCUGAUGAUCUAUUGGCUCAAUGUUUAGCUAAAACUGAUAAUAAUACUCAAAAUUAUGAUAGUAAUCGCGCUGCAGAGUCUGUAAAAGUUUCAGAGAGAGAUGAAAAUCGCAGUAGUGUCGUAGACGUGCCUAAGUUACCGUUUGACAUCGAUCUAUAUCACUGGGAAGACGAACAACUUUCAGCUCCUCGUAUUUUACCUACAAAUCAAGAUGGUCAUAGUUUUUGGACUUCGAAUUCUGUAAUGGAUACUGAUUGCGAUGGUAUUAUACAGCCAGGAGGAUCUGAAAUUUUACGCACUCGAGUUAUUGAAUUUACUGGUAAAUUCGAAAGAGUUGAUAGACAGUGUAGAACCCCAUUGCCAAGUGGAAGAUUAUGCCCAAGAGAAGAUCGUUUUAAAUGUCCGUUUCAUGGACGUAUUGUACCGAGAGAUGAGCUCGGUCGAGUUAUCAAUCCAGAAAACAAAAUAAUUUUAGAAACAGAGAAAAAACAGAAUGUACCUGAUUGGCAAAAUCCACAGUUGCUUAGAGACAUACAGCAUCAAACAGGAGUUGAUCUUAAAAUGCCGGAAAAAGGAAGCAGAAGGAAACGAAAACAAAAUUCAAAUCUGACAAAUUUAAAAAAAGAGCAGGAUACUCCACGCGCCCGACUGGAAAAAAAAGUGUUCAAAAAAUCAUCUGUGAAGAAAGUAGCUAACAUUUUAGAUGGUAUAGAUCAGAGAAAAUUUCGAGAUAAAUUUGGAGAUCAAUUCAAUUACGUCCACGAUACAGCUUAAUUUGUUUGUCUUUUUCUAAUCAUUAAGUUCUAUAACUUAUAAGUUAAUAAGGUUUAAUUAAAAAUUAGUAUAAUUAUUAAUUAUAUU